UAUGUUACGCUACAUGGCUAAGCUUUUUGUAUUAAUGCAGCACUCGUAUAAAUACACAAGCAUUUUUUAGAUUUUCACACACUAGCUUUGCCCUCCAAAGGAUCAAGACCAACAAAAUCGCUCAUAUUUUACUUUAGAAAUGGCUCGAUUUGAAUUUAUAACUUUAAGUUUAGUAUUUAUGUCUGCGUUCCAGUUGCAAGAUAAACCAGUACAAGCCCAGCAAUCAGUUGAAGUACAACUGCCUCCCGGUCAAGAAUGUCAGAUGACACCGGUCAUACAUAUUCUUAAACAUCCAGGAUGCAUUCCCAAAGCGAUACCCUCAUUCGCAUGUAUUGGCAAGUGUUCAAGCUAUGUCCAGGUCUCUGGUAGCAAAAUAUGGCAAAUGGAACGCACGUGCAAUUGCUGCCAAGAAUCUGGUGAAAGAGAAGCUACAGUAGUUUUGGUUUGUCCUAAAGCGAAAAGCGAAGAUAGGAAGAUACGAAAGAUCACCACCAAAGCUCCUCUUGAAUGCAUGUGUCGUCCUUGUGGCAGCAUAGAUGAGAGUUCCAUCAUUCCCCAAGAAGUUGCUGGAUAUGCUGACGAAGGGCCUUUGUAUCAUCACUUCAGAAAGUCCCUCUAAAGAUUAUAUACUUAAAUAAUGUUGAACUCGUGAUAGUUAUUUUCUAAAAAAAAAUGAACGUGUUUAUUAUUGUUCAGUUUAUAAAAACUAAAUAAAAAACCUUUGACCAA